CUUCUUCUUCCGUCCCCAUCCGGCCUGCACUGACUCCAUAAUUGGUACUACUUUUAGUCCCAAUAUAAAUCGUUCAAGUCAUUACAUGAUUAUUAGUUCUCCAGCGAACCUUGCAUGACUCCCUCCGCUUCUACUAACUCCACUAUAUUACCCUACCAAACGCUCCCCCCACCUCCCUCCUUCCGUCAGCUUCCCCUCCCAUCCGAACCACGCUCUUAUGAAUACCACUGUUGCCGGUUGACAAUCCUCUUCGCCUGGUUGUCACCACUGAAUCCCAGUGCGACAUGGCGACCCCAUCCACCGCUCUGCUCCGCCCCGGAGAGACUAGCUCUCUCAACGACCGAUCACCCGCACACAUGGCUUCUACCACGGUUAGUGUGGAAGGCAUGACGUGUGGCGCCUGCACCUCAGCUGUCGAGGGCGCUUUCAAGGGAGUGGACGGCGCGGGAGAGGUGACCGUGAGCUUGAUGAUGGGCCGUGCGGUUGUACACCACGAUCCCAACGUGCUCCCUCCGGAAAAGGUCGCCGAGAUCAUCGAAGACAGCGGAUUUGACGCCAAGGUCGUCUCCACGGAUAGCGUACCUCUUUCUACCGAAAGCGCGGGGAAACCCUCCUUAUCGACCACGACAUUAGCGGUGGAAGGCAUGACUUGUGGCGCUUGCACCUCCGCGGUCGAAGGCGGACUAAAAGAGGCAGCAGGUGUCCGGUCAGUCAGCGUCUCUCUACUUUCGGAACGUGCCGUUGUCGAACACGAUGCCUCCGUUAUCACCCCGGAUCGCAUCGCAGAAAUAAUUGAGGAUCGUGGCUUCGAUGCGAAGGUGCUGGAAACCUCAUCGGCUCAGGACAGCCACUCUUCACAGGACUUGGCAGGGUCCAAACCCCCAAUGAUGGUCACAACGGUGUCUAUAGACGGCAUGACAUGCGGCGCAUGCACAGCAAGCAUACAAAAUGCUUUCAACGGGGUAGAUGGAUUGGUGCAGUUUAAUAUCAGUCUACUCGCUGAACGAGCGAUCCUCGUUCACGAUCCAUCUACGCUCCCUGUUCAGAAAAUUCUCAGCACUAUCGAUGAUGCGGGUUUCGAUACAACUCUGGUUUCUUCUGAAGCACAAACUAUCUCGGGUAGAGGCGUCGGUCGUGUCACUCUCAGUCUUCACGGCGUGCGGGAUGCUGCAUCAGCAACGUGCCUGGAGGACGACCUUCUUCGAAAACCCGGUGUGUCCUCGGCGUCGGUGGACAUGGCCACCUCCCGCCUCAAUGUAACAUUCGACUCCUCCAUGGUCGGAGUCAGAUCGAUUGUCGAGGCGAUCGAGGCAGCCGGAUACAAUGCGUUAGUGUCGCAGUUGGAUGAGACAAAUGCUCAGCUUGAUUCGCUCGCCAAAACCAAGGAGGUUCAGGAGUGGAAACGUGCGUUCCUCUUCUCCGUAUCAUUCGCCAUUCCCGUUUUCCUGAUCAACAUGGUUCUUCCCAUGUACUUUCCGGCUAUCGACUUUGGUCGUGUCCCGCUCUUCUGCGGUCUCUACUUGGGUGACGUUGCUUGCCUGUUCCUCACUAUGCCUGUUCAAUUUGGAAUUGGAAAACGGUUUUAUAUCGCUAGUUACAAGUCUUUGAAACAUCGUUCGCCGACCAUGGAUGUCCUUGUCAUGUUGGGUACAUCUGCAGCAUUUUUUUACAGUAUCUUCACCAUGAUUGUCGCGAUGUUUUCGAAAACUCACGCGCGGCCGAGCACGGUUUUUGACACGAGUACGAUGCUAAUCACGUUUAUUACGCUGGGAAGAUGGCUGGAAAACAGAGCUAAGGGUCAGACUUCGGCGGCACUUUCGCGUCUGAUGUCCUUGGCGCCAUCAAUGACCACUAUAUAUGAUGAUCCUAUAGCGGCAGAAAAGAUGGCCGAGUAUUGGGACACCACGGCCAAAAACCCGGACAACGACCAAUUCACAUCGGCAACACAUGAAAUCUCAGGACCUGGACAAAAAUUGAUCCCCACCGAGCUCAUUGAAGUAGGAGACAUUGUGAUGCUCCAUCCCGGAGAUAAAGUCUCGGCGGAUGGCAUUGUCAUCCGCGGAGAAAGCUAUGUCGACGAAAGUAUGAUUACGGGUGAGGCUCUUCCUAUACACAAAUCUAAGGGCAGUGUUGUCAUUGCCGGAACGGUCAACGGAACAAGCUCUAUGGACUUCAAGGUCACCCGAGCGGGCAAAUACACCCAGCUCAGUCAGAUUGUCAAGCUGGUUCAGGACGCUCAGACGAGUCGAGCUCCCAUUCAGCGUAUGGCUGAUAUGGUAGCCGGAUACUUUGUUCCAGCAAUUAUCAGUCUUGGCUUGGUCACCUUCUUUGGUUGGAUGUUUAUGAGCCACAUCUUGCCUCAUCCGCCCAAGGUCUUCUUGGCAGAAAGCAAUGGAGGCAAAGUCAUGGUCUGUCUAAAGCUAUGCAUUUCCGUGAUCGUUUUUGCCUGUCCUUGUGCCUUGGGUCUGAGCACACCGACCGCCGUCAUGGUUGGAACCGGCGUAGGAGCACAGCAGGGUAUUCUCGUCAAGGGUGGCGCUGUGCUUGAAGCCGCCACGAAGAUCAACCAUGUCGUUUUUGAUAAGACUGGCACUUUGACCACUGGAAAGAUGAGUGUGGCCGAAGCCAGAAUUGAACCUCAAUGGAACGUGAACGACUGGCGUCGUCGGUUGUGGUGGCUCAUUGUUGGUCUUGCAGAGAUGAGCAGCGAACAUCCCAUCGGCAGAGCCAUCUUUGCCGCCGCGCAAACCGAGUCAGGUAAUCCUGGAGACGGCGGUCUGCCAGGAAGCUUGGGUGAUCUUGAAGCUUGUGUUGGAAAAGGUAUUUCUGCAUUGGUCGAGCCUACCUCGAGUGCUGAGCGCAUUCGUUAUCGUGUUUUGGUCGGUAAUGCUGCGUUUCUGCGAUCCCGAGAUGUUACCAUCCCAGAAUCUGCCGAGCCGCAGGCUUCUGAAGAAUACGAAAAUCUUAGCCCCAAGGUUCCUGCUGGCAUCACUCAGAUUCACGUCGCCAUUGAUAACCAAUAUGCUGGCACAAUCUCGCUUCGGGACACCGUGAAAAGCAGCGCUCCAGCCGCAGUCGCAGCUCUGCACCGUAUGGGCAUCAUGACUUCUCUCAUCACUGGCGACACCUAUACCACUGCCAUUUCCAUCGCUGCAGCUGUUGGUAUCCCAACUGAUGCAGUCCAUGCGUCAGUGUCCCCUUCGGACAAACAGGCUAUUGUCGCUUCUCUACAAGAGGCCGGGGAUCGAGUUGCCAUGGUUGGUGAUGGAAUUAACGAUUCUCCCGCCCUAGCCACUGCAUCCGUUGGUAUCGCACUUGCCUCCGGAACUGAUGUCGCCAUGGAAGCAGCAGACAUUGUUCUCAUGCGGCCCGACGAUCUGCUUUCAGUGCCAGCCAGUCUGUAUCUAUCUCGGUCGGUUUUCAACCGUAUCAAGCUGAACCUGAUGUGGGCCUGUCUCUAUAACAUCAUUGGACUCCCCUUUGCUAUGGGCAUCUUCCUCCCAUUCGGGCUCAUGCUACCUCCCAUGGCUGCGGGCGCUGCCAUGGCCGCAUCCAGUGUCUCUGUUGUCUUCAGCAGUCUGCUCCUCAAGCUCUGGCGCCGUCCCAAAUGGAUGGAUGCUGACAAGCUUCUCAAAGAGAUUUCAGAGGCCAAUUCGACUGACUUCAAGUCCUCGCAGAAGAGCUGGUGGCAAGCCACUCUGUCUGUCACCGGAUCCUCCAAUGGCCGAUCACCAUUCCACUGGAUCUCCCCCGCUGAUAUUUGGCUUUUCGUCACGGGCAAGAAAUCUAGGGGCUCCGACUUUGACGAAGGACGCUACGUCCCUCUUCAAACGGUUGAGCCGGCUUGAGCUCCGUCGAUGUAGACGCAUCAUUUUCUUGGAUAUAUAAUGAAUGUUUUGUCACUGUUCGUCUAUGAGCAUUGGCCAUACAAUGCAUACUUGCAUGUCACGACCACUUAAUGAUCUGGUUUGGGUUUUCUUGGUUCUAUGAAUAGCGGUUUCUUGGCGUUGUGUGGCUUUCCUUAUUUUUCUCAGGUACAACCCUUGUUCUCAACAAGCUAGAGAUUUUAUAUACUGGCAGGUUUCUCUCUCCACGAGGA